UUCCUCUCCUUUUCCUCUGUCUGCUACACGCAAAGCGUGCAGGUCAAAUCGAUACUCUCUCCUACCCUCUGGCCACCGGAUUAAUUUCAAUGGGGAGGGAAAUGCACAUUGAACGGCGACGCAGUGCCCGGCUUCGGCUUGCUGCUGCCGCUGUUCGUGCUCCUGGACAGAUUGAUAACGAGUCCUCUUGCUCGUCUCCGGCCGACGGGACGCCCAGAUCUCCGGCCGACGAUACGCGCACAUCUCCGGACGAGGAAUCGCCCUGUUCUCACUCUUCAACCUGCAGAUCUUCUUCCAUCCUGUGUCGCUUGGAUUCUGGACAGCAGCCCCAUCCCAGGAACAUGGAUGAUUCUAAGGAUGCCGAACUCCUUAGGAUUCUUGGAUAUGCGAGGAUACAUCAAAAACAAAUAAUCUCUAGAUGGUAUCAAGAAGAUGCGGUGCUGGAACGUAUAUUGAAGACUCCGGCUAUAGAUUCGAUGUUCCCAGGCAUUGAUCUGGCAAUGCUAAAACAACGGAUUCAGGAAUUUGAGAAGAUGGUCAUAGAUUACUAUGAGGGUAAACUAACAACUAUGCCCAAUCAGGAUCUUAUGCUUUUUGUGUUCAGCAAUAUCAUGCAUGCCUAUGAGCAGAUCCCCGAGACUCCACUAAAUUCUGGGAAAAGAGCUACCCUUGUUUCGGAAGAACUGGAAGCACCUUCCACUAAAAGAGCACGUUCAGAGAGUGUUGAUAUGGUUAUGUAUCUGAGACAUCCAGACGCCGCAUCAAAGCUUUUAAGCAGUGGCUUUAGUUUGGAAGAUUGUACUUCAAGAGCUCAGCGAUUAUUUAAAGAUGACAAUCACAUGCUAUAUUCUGCUCUCACUCUUUUGAGGCAAAAUAUAGAAAUUCGUCAGUCAUUCAUGACUUUAGAAGAAAGUUAUGCACGUGGUUAUAUUGAGUAUGAGCUGAAGGAUUCUGGUAUGCUGUGAACUGGUGAAACAUUGCUGGUCCUGUGGUUCUAGUGAAACAUUGCUGGUCCUAUGUCUGUUGAUGAAACAUUGUUGGUCCUGUCUCAUCUUUGUAGGCACCUGUAGUGUUGGAGUAUCACCUGCAGUGUUGGAGGGUCAUCUUUGUAGGCACCUGCAGUGUUGGAGGGCAAUGGAGAACUGUCAGUGUGUGAACCUUUUUUAAUCUUUUUAAGGACUUGAUGAAUUGAAGGGCUUAUGAGUUGUUGUUUGAAGCCUAAUGAA